CUAUUCUCUAAAAGUUUUCAGAUCAUUUAGUUCAAGAUACAGUACCGGUAUGUCACCACCCCGUCACAUGACAAAUGAGGAUCCAUUCCCAGAAAAGACGAAAGGGAAAUUGCGGUUUUACAACAUGCGAUACUGCCCUUAUGCUCUUCGGGCACGACUAAUGCUUACACUAAAAGAAGUUAAUUUUGAAACCAUUAAUAUUCAUCUAGGAAAGAAACCUGAAUGGUUUUUAGAGAAAUUUUCCGCUGGAACUGUUCCGGUGAUUGAAAUAGAUGAGAAAAUUUUGGGAGAGUCUUUAGUAAUAGCCGAGUAUAUUGAUGAGGUGUACUCAAAGCCAGGAGAGCAAAUAGUACCAAAGGAUCCAUAUGAGCGAGCAAGAGCUAGGAUGCUCAUUUCAAAUCUCUUCCCCAAGGUGAUUAGUGCAGUCUACCAGCGACUCAAAAAAGAAGAAAACUGGAAGGUAGAUUUCUAUAAAUAUUUUGAUAAAAUUGAAAAAAUCCUCGCUGAAAAGAAUUUUUUUGCUGGGGACGUACUCGGAUAUGCUGAUUAUAUGAUAUGGCCAUGGAUGCGGUAUUUUGGUCCUCAUUGCGUUGACGAUGCAUUAACAGAGGGAAGGUUCCCCAGUCUAGAGCGUUGGUUGGCAGCCAUGAAGAAGGAUCCUGUUGUAGUAAAAUGUGCCAUUCCUCCUAAUAUUCUUGCCAAGUUCGCAGAAGCUUAUGCUACAAGGGAAUUUGUCUUUGAUUUGGAGUAGAUUGUUUGCUUUAAAGAUGCCAGAAUAAGGAAGUAUUCUGCUGAACUAUGAUUCUAUUUUACUAUAAUUACUGAUUUAUCCACACUGAAUUUGAAGCCACAAUGUUGUCAAUAUAUAUUAUACAACUUCGAUUUUUUUCAAUAAAAUUACACAUAUAGUAUGUAACCACUAUCAAUUUGAGCAAUGUUCAUCAGAUUCAUUAUGUGCAAUGGCAUUCUCUCCUUUAUCAUUUCAGUGCAAUUUAAUCAAAGGUUUGAUUAUAUCAAAAUUAUCCAUACUUAGUUUCUGAAAUUAUAUUUUAUGUUUUUUUCAAUAUCUCUAUCAAUACCAUAAAAUUUUUUCAAUCUACCGCUAUAUUCCUCAGGACCAAUCUGUAACUCAGGACCGAUUGGAGGGUUAAUCAAGCUUCAAUUUCACAUUACAUUGUAAAUUAAAUUCUCCUCUAUGGAUUGCUAUUUUUAAUUUCAAUCAUUGUUUAAUUAACAUUGUGUUUAUAUUUUUUUUUUUUUGGUAUUCAAUUCAACGUCCAAUGAAAUUAAUAUUAAUGGUACUGAAUAUUAUGCCUCGCUUUAAAAAAUACCUUCAAUUAUGCAGAAAUUUCAAGUCAAUGGACUGAUUCAAUCAUAUUAUUUAUUAGCUUUCUUUAUAAUGUUUGCUCCAGUAUCAAUAUAAGUGUACCUAGUUGAAGUGCUAUUUUUCAGUUAUGAAAUUAUUGGUAGGCAAUAUGCAUACUCUAUUUCUAACAUCUUUCUUUUUGUUCUUGUAUUCAGCAG